UGACUCUCUCUGGAUACCUUGAAUCUGGGUGAUGGGUACGUGGUGGUGGAGGCAUUUAUUUCACUGAUGUGUUGUAUGUGCGAAGCUUUUUAAGCGUAUUGGUUGUGAGGGUGCAAUGGGAGUGUUAGUGCCUGCUGUGCCCCAGCCAACCACAUGCAUAGUGCCCGAAACCGCACUCCCAGUUUUGUUCUAAACAAAGAACAAGUCUGUGCCUUUCAGAGACAUGACAAGACUGUCAAAAGGACAGAAACUCAGCUCCAUAAAUUUCAAGAUGUGAGGAGUAGGUUCCAUUUGCCCCUAAGACAGUGUAAAGAUUGAAAAUUGUUCAUCAAGAUAGAAGACAAAAACAAAGGACAGCUCUGAGCAAUGCCACCUCAUGGAGAGGUUGUCCCCUGCCACGGGCCUGCGGGCUCCGUCCCCCUGCUCAUGUGAACCAGCCCUCCUGCUAACAGGCUUUCUCCUUGCAGGGCCCCUGCUGCAGCCUUCUGCCAGGAAGGGGCUGGAGGAAGGCAAUGUCCGCCACCUGGUGCAGCCCAGAGGGUCAAGGAAUGGACCAGGGCCCUGGCAGGGAGGUCGGAAAAAAUUCCGCCGCCAGCGGCCACGCCUCUCUCAUAAGGGCCCCAUGCCUUUCUGAAGCAGGACUGAAGGGGGCCUCAAGUACUUCCCCCCUGCACUUCUCUCUGCUCCAUAGAUGGGCCUGCUUCCCUGGAGCCCUUACAUCCAUUCGCCUCUCAUCUUGCACUCGUCCUAGCUGCUGAUGGUCCCAGCUCUUCUCACCCACCAGCCUCCCUGAAUGACAUGGUCCUGCCCCAGUUCGAUGAUUCUCUUUCUCUCCGAAGGAUCCAUUCAGGCCCUCUUCCUGGCCCUUCUCUGGACUGACUUUGGAGACCCAGCACUGGAAUGCCGUCAUUCUUCCCUCUGGACCUCCCCCUGCUCCAGUGUCCAUUGCUCCCACCCAAUACCCCAACCCUUCCCGCAGCCCUCCCUCCCUCAGGUUUGCCCUGGGGGCUGCAUGGAAACACUCUCUUCUUCAAUGGGCUCCAGCAGGUCUCAGGUUUUCAUGCCAGUUGGACCCUUCAGCAGGCCUCAGAGGGAAGUAAAGAGAUGAGCAAUGAGAAACUCUAGUUAGAGGCCAGAGGCCUUGGCAUGCAGACAGGGUGCCUUGGGGGCAUUGGGGUGGCGGGUUGGUGCUCUGGUGGGGGGGCGUGUAGCAUUAGAGAAGGGGAGGAAUCUCAGCCCCGCGUUUGGCCUGGUUAAAGGAGAGGCAAAGGAGAAGGGCACUAAGCACUCUGUCACUUCUCUCACCUCACUGUGUCUUCUAACACUCCCCCCAACUCAUGGCUCCCCAACUUACUCUGUCCCCCUCACCAGCUAGUUCAAGCUUGAGCUCAGGAAGUGGGGGGUGAUGGGCCUGAGGUGGCUCUACACCCUCCCGGAAGCAAAAGCCAGGCAGAAGUGCUUUUGCCAAGAAUCAUAGAAUAGCAGAGCUAAAAGGAACCUUGCAGGUCACUUAGUUCUGCCUCCUUCUGCAAACUCCUGCACAGACAGAGGCCUAGAGAGGGACAGUGACCUGCUGAGGGUCACUGUGGAGCCUGAAUGAGGACCUAGGGCUCC